AUGGAUGAAGAUGGACUUGAAUUACAACCACAAGGGCCAAACUCAUUUUUUGCUACAACAGGAACUGAUGCUGCACACAUGGAUGGUGAUCAAAUUGUUGUGGAAGUUCAAGAAACCGUUUUUGUUUCAGAUGUUGUGGAUUCAGACAUAACUGUGCAUAACUUUGUUCCCGAUGACCCAGACUCAGUUGUAAUCCAAGAUGUUAUCGAGGACGUUGUUAUAGAAGAUGUUCAGUGCCCAGAUAUCAUGGAAGAAUCAGAUGUAUCUGAAACGGUCAUCAUUCCUGAGCAAGUGCUGGACUCAGAUGUAACUGAAGAAGUUUCUUUAGACCAUUGCACAGUCCCAGAUGAUGUUUUAGCUUCCGAUAUCACUUCAUCAAUGUCUAUACCAGAACACGUCUUGACAAGUGAAUCCAUACAUGUGUCUGACGUUGGACACGUUGAACAUGUGGUUCAUGAUAGUGUAGUUGAGGCAGAAAUUGUCACUGAUCCUCUGACAACAGAUGUAGUUUCAGAAGAAGUGUUGGUAGCAGAUUGUGCCUCGGAAGCAGUCAUUGAUGCCAAUGGGAUCCCCGUGGACCAGCAAGAUGAUGACAAGAACAACUGUGAGGACUACCUUAUGAUUUCCUUGGAUGAUGCUGGCAAAAUAGAACACGGUGGUUCCUCUGGAAUGGCUGAGUCGGAAAUUGAUCCUUGUAAAGUGGAUGGUUCUUGCCCUGAAGUCAUCAAGGUGUACAUUUUUAAAGCUGACCCUGGAGAGGAUGACUUAGGUGGCACCGUAGACAUUGUGGAGAGUGAACCUGAGAAUGACCAUGGAGUUGAACUAAUUGAGCAGAAUAGCAGUAUUCGUGUGCCAAGGGAAAAGAUGGUUUAUAUGACUGUCAAUGACUCUCAGCAAGAAGAUGAAGAUCUGAAUGUUGCUGAAAUUGCUGAUGAAGUGUAUAUGGAAGUGAUUGUAGGAGAAGAGGAUGCUGCCGCAGCCGCCGCCGCGGCCGCCGCACACGAACAGCAAAUCGAUGACAAUGAAAUCAAAACCUUCAUGCCAAUAGCGUGGGCAGCAGCUUACGGUAAUAAUUCUGAUGGAAUUGAAAACCGGAAUGGCACUGCAAGUGCCCUCUUGCACAUAGAUGAGUCUGCUGGGCUCGGCAGACUGGCUAAACAAAAACCAAAGAAAAGGAGAAGACCUGAUUCCAGGCAGUACCAAACAGCAAUAAUAAUUGGCCCUGACGGACAUCCCUUGACUGUCUAUCCUUGCAUGAUUUGUGGGAAAAAGUUUAAGUCCAGAGGUUUUCUGAAAAGGCACAUGAAAAACCACCCCGAACACCUUGCCAAGAAGAAGUACCGCUGCACUGACUGUGACUACACUACCAACAAGAAGAUAAGUUUACACAACCACCUGGAGAGCCACAAGCUGACCAGCAAGGCCGAGAAGGCCAUCGAAUGCGAUGAAUGCGGGAAGCAUUUCUCUCACGCUGGGGCUCUGUUUACUCACAAAAUGGUGCAUAAGGAAAAAGGAGCCAACAAGAUGUACAAGUGUAAAUUUUGUGAAUAUGAAACAGCCGAGCAGGGGUUACUGAACCGCCACCUCUUGGCGGUCCACAGCAAGAACUUCCCUCACAUCUGCGUGGAGUGCGGCAAAGGCUUCCGCCACCCCUCAGAGCUCAAAAAGCACAUGCGCAUCCACACCGGGGAGAAGCCCUACCAAUGCCAGUACUGCGAGUACAGGUCCGCAGACUCUUCUAACUUGAAAACGCACGUCAAAACCAAGCAUAGUAAAGAGAUGCCAUUCAAGUGUGACAUUUGCCUCCUGACUUUCUCAGAUACCAAAGAGGUGCAGCAACAUGCUCUUAUUCACCAGGAAAGCAAGACACACCAGUGUUUGCAUUGCGACCACAAGAGUUCCAACUCCAGCGAUUUGAAGCGACACAUCAUUUCGGUCCACACGAAGGACUACCCCCAUAAGUGUGACAUGUGUGACAAAGGCUUUCAUAGGCCCUCCGAACUUAAGAAGCACGUGGCUGCCCACAAGGGGAAAAAGAUGCACCAGUGCAGGCAUUGUGACUUCAAGAUCGCAGAUCCAUUCGUCCUGAGUCGCCACAUUCUCUCGGUUCACACGAAAGAUCUCCCGUUCAGGUGCAAGAGGUGCAGAAAGGGAUUUAGGCAGCAGAACGAGCUUAAGAAGCAUAUGAAGACGCACAGUGGCAGGAAGGUGUAUCAGUGUGAGUACUGUGAGUAUAGCACUACAGAUGCUUCGGGCUUUAAGCGGCAUGUUAUUUCCAUUCAUACAAAAGACUACCCCCACCGUUGUGAGUACUGCAAGAAAGGCUUCCGGAGACCCUCGGAGAAGAACCAGCACAUCAUGCGGCAUCAUAAAGAAGUGGGCCUGCCCUAA